AAAUUACCCCUCGCACUGAGCGGGGGGAAGGAGCUUUUUGUUGUGUUACUUUUGUUAUAGCUCUUUUGUAUAGAAAACUUACCAGAUUAUGUUAUAAAAUUUUCUCGUUUGAUUUAUUUUUGGCCCGUCAGAUGGGCGAUCAAGAAAAAUUCCAAGUUUAUUUUGGAAAACAUCGAUCAUGUCAGACAGUGGCGCCGUCUGUCGGAGUUUUCACGGAAACCAAUUUGACAGCUGAUAGAAUGUUAAAAAAAAUGUAAACAUUAAACUUGGGUGCAAGAAAUUCUAAAUAAUUUCUCUUUUCUAUUUCAAAAUAAUUACUGACUUGUUGUGUAAACAAAGUAUCUGGAAUAAAAUAAUUAAAUCGAACUUUGAAGCACGUAUUCUCGUAUUGAAGCAUUUGUCAAUAAAGACUGUCCAGAAUGAACCGCCCAUCGCCGCUUCUCCGGCAAGUGAGGAGGACGCAUUCUGCUGCGUGGAAGAAGAAUCCCCAUUUGGACUCUAUAAUCCGCGUGGACCACGCGGGCGAGCUGGGCGCGGACCGCAUCUACGCGGGGCAGAUGGCGGUGCUGGGGCGCACGGCGGAGGGGGCCACCAUCCAGCACAUGUGGGAGCAGGAGAUCAAGCACCGGCAGGCCUUCGAGCAGCUCAUCUGCAAGCACCGCGUGCGCCCCACCGUCAUGACGCCCAUCUGGAACGUCGCGGGAUUCGCACUCGGCGCUGGCACUGCUCUUCUAGGCAAAGAAGCAGCAAUGGCGUGCACGGUGGCAGUGGAGACAGUCAUAGUGGACCACUACAACGACCAACUGCGGACCCUCAUGGAGGACCCCAACAUCGACAAGGAGAUCCUGCAGACCAUCACCAAGUUCAGAGACGAGGAGCAAGAGCACCACGACACGGGCAUCGAGCACGGCGCAGAGCAAGCGCCUUUCUACAGAGCCCUCACUGAAGUCAUCAAGACGGGGUGCAAGGCUGCUAUUGCCAUAUCUAAGAAGAUUUAGCUUUGAACAAGUGGACUGUAUUCAAUAUCAUCGUAGCAUAAGCUUUAGGGUUCAUUUACACGAGCAGCAACUGCUACCGACGACUGCAGUCGGCGGUAGUCGACGGCAGGUGACGGCAGUCAACGGCAGGUGACGGCAGUCAACGGCAGGCGACGGCAGUCGACGGCAGUCAACAGCAGUCGCAGAAGUCUCGGCGGCAGUCGUCGGCAGCAGUUGCCAGCUGCCGUUGGCAACGUGCUGCUCGUGGAAAUGAACCCUUAUGUCCAAUACAGGGAUGUCCAUAAGUCAUGGGCCUUUUGGACUUUUUAAUAAUUCCCACCGUAGAAUAACUAUUUGUUCCACGGUGGGAAUGGUUUGGAAGUCCCGUCAAACAUAUAAUACAAUAUAUAUGCAUAGGCAUAACUUAUGAAUACUAAUAUACCUCUGUAGCAAUUACCAUAACACAGUAAUUCAUUUUAAAAGAUUAAGGAAACGAGUAUUUUUUAGUUUUUAAACAACUUUAAAGGAUUUGGUACCUAUUAGAUGCACCUAUUAUUCGAGUACAUCUAUACUAAUAUUAUAAAGCGGAAGAGUUUGUUUGUUUGUUUGUUUGUUUGAUUGAACGCGCUAAUCUCAGGAUCUACUGGUCCGAUUUGAAAAAUACUUUCAGUGAUAGAUAGCCCAUUUAUCGAGGAAGGCUAUAGGCUAUAUUUUAUUUUAAAAAAAAUUAGGGAUCCUUCCUAAAACUCCAAUAAUGUAACCCAAGGUGUACAUGGCGCCUUCCCAACAGUCUGCUAAUUCCCUCAAGCAUUGUCAUUGCUAUUCAAAAGGCCAAGGGGUUGCAAAUACAGCAGCGUCAUUCACUCGCAGCACACAUCAUUUUCUACAAAAAAUGUCGCGACAGCAUAUAUCUAUCUAUCUAUCUAUCUAUACUAUAAUAAAAGAGUAGAAAUCGAGUGUCUGUACUUUGACCAAAUUUAACUAAAAUCAAGUUAGGGCGAUUAGAAAUGAGCAAUAGAAUACAAAAAUAUAUUUCUUUAUUUUUUUGCCU